UCUCUCUCUCUCUCUCUCUCUCUCUCUCUACUUGGAGAAUGGCUGAGCGAGAGCUCGAGCUACUCGUCGGCUCCUUGGAACAACGAGGCAUUUUUGAAGACUUUUUUGGUGACAUGGAAGCGUUACAAGAAAAGGAUCCUCGCCCUUACGAAGAUCUCUUCGCUGAGUUCUUUACUACUAUUGAAAAGAAAAUAGAAGAGCUCGCACCAAAUCUGAGUGAGGCUAAUGCCAACUAUGCCAUGGUGCAACAUUUCUCCCAGAAGAUCAAGGAAUGUGCCGAGACUUACGGUUGUACUCGGUUGGCCAAUUACUCGCAAGACCUCUGGGAUACAUGUGCUUCAGAAAACAACAAAGAAGAGUGCCCGAUACUUUUUGAGAGCCUCAAGACUGAAUAUUAUGCCACGAAGGAGCAUCUGACUCGCAUUGCCAAGCUGGAGCGUGAAAUGUCUGAAGAUGAGCAGGCUGAGGCUGGAAAGUAGAGAGUUCUCGAUCGCUUUGUUCGAUCGUCUCCGGAAGACGUGAUGUUUUCUUUGUUUUAAUUAGCCAUGGAAUAAGUUUCUAUCAGCAUAACUUACUUUGUUAUAGACUGAUUUAUGACUUGCUCAAUUUAUGUUGGGUUUGGCAUCUGAACUAGUUAAUUUGAAUAAGUUCACUGUGGAGUGAACUAAUAUAUAUAUUGUGCUAAGAGUUGGUUA